AUGGUUGUCGCUCGCCCAGGAUCCCUUUUGGGUCAGUUAGAACUUCGUGUUUGCCUGGACCCAUCUACUAGGUCAAUGUCUCCUGAGAAGAAAAUAGAAGAGGAUAGUGGGUGGGAGCCCCCAUGUGAGGAGCUAGAGGGGGAUUCCUUAUCCUCAGAGGGUGGUAGAACCACAGAUAGCACAGAUGAAGAAGAGACCAGCAGCACAGAGAGUGCCCGUACUCAGGUAAGUCCUUCUGUGUGUCAGUGUUUGUCUUAAGUUUUUCACAAAAUGAUGUAAACUUUCCUUAAUAUACUGAUAAGCCAUGGAAGAAUGUGAUGGAGUCCCCUGUACCCGAUUGGGUACCUCAUUUGGGUUGGGAACCGGGAAACCUAAAGCGCUUCUGCCCUAGUCGCGGCAGCUUGAUUGGGGUCCAUCUGGAGCUUUUCCACCCGACCAGGCUGCAGCUCUCCUUCCGAGCAGGUAUCUACCUCUGCCUGUAAUGUGAUUUCUAUUGCCUUUACAAAGGUACUUGCUGAUCUCAGGCCUAGCUCUCUUGAUUUGUUCCAGGGCUAGAGGGAUCGUGUAGCCAGCCAACGGGUCAGAAGACUCUGUUACUGGGAACCCUAGAAAUCUACACAGGACACAAGUUCCAAAAGGAACUAACAUACAAUAUUUUUAUUUUACUUGGGAGUAGCCCAUAUGUUUGUUACAUAAAGCUAAAUACAAAUAACCAAAACAUUUCCGAAAACAUACAGGGAAUUAUAAUAACAUAACAACAUAUUUAUAAAGGGUGGGAAGAUAAUAUUUAAAGGGACACUAUAGUCACCAGAACAACUACAGCUUAUUGAAUUUGUUCUGGUGAGUAGAAUCAUUACCUUCAGGCUUUUUGCUGUAAGCACUGUCUUUUCAGAGAAAACGCAGUGUUUACAUUACAGCCAAGUGAUAACUUCACUGGCCACUCCUUAGAUGGCUGUUAGAGAUCCUUCCUGGGUCAUGGCUGCCUAAAAUGCAUCCAAACAUUCAGUAUCUCCUCCCUCUGCAUGCAGACACUGAACUUUCCUCAUAGAGAUUCAUUGAUUCAGUUCAUCUCUAUGAGGAGAUGCUGAUUGGCCAGGGCUGUGUUUGAAGCAUGCUGGCUCUGCCCCUGAUCUGCCUCUUUGUCAGUCUCAGCCAAUCCUAUGGGGAAGCAUUGUGAUUGGACCAGUCUACCACUUCUGAUGAUGUCAGCAGACUGCUUGUUUUUUUGAGUUUAUCAGCAUGCAGAGUUACAGCUUCAGGCUUGAAUACAGUAAUAGUUUGCUAUAUUUAGGGAGGCAUGAGAGGUCCAGGGGGGCUAGAUGGUUGUUUUAACACUAUAUAGGGUCCAGAAUAUUUGUUUGUGUUCCUGACCCUAUAGUGAUCCUUUAACACAAAAUAUCUCUCCUGCCUGCAGAAUUAGCAAUAUGCAAAUCUACCUAAAUAUGUGAAUUGCGAAGUCUUGCUAUUCAGGUAGUGCACACAACUGUUGCUAACAACAGAUGGCGCCAUAGAUGCUCCACAGCCAAAUGCACCUAGUUGGUAGCAAGCAUCAGCAGGGCAGGAGAGCAGGCAAAACAUUUAACAAUAAGAAGAUACAUUACACACACCCUGCACCUACAAUGGGCACAGGGUAACUUGGACAUAGGAGUAGUACAGGGUCCUACAUAGAGUGUUCGUCUGAAACUCCUGGUGAUGGUGACUAGCGACACAGAGAGAUUUCUAUGUGGACAAAAGUUACUGGAAUGGAUCGUUUUGGAUAUAAUAGGACUUGUAGUCACACUACUGGAUACUGGCCAGUUUGUCUCUGGGCUAGUGAGAGAGCGUUACAAUAUGGGGAAUAGUGAGAGAGAUGAAACGAUAUGAAAUAUAUUUUGUAUUGCAGAACCCAGUUAGCCCCAGGUUAUUAUUUGUUUACGCAGAAUACAUUGAUUCUAAUUUCAUGAGAAAUAUAUUUGAUAAAAGUAUUACUGUUUAAUAAGAAUAAAAACGCCAGAUUUCAAAACAUGAUUUGUGGUGAGUUGAUGACACAUUAAAAAAUUAGAACCGUUAAAGGACCACUAUAGUGCCAGGAAAACAUACUUGUUUUCCUGGCACUAUAGUACCCUGAGGGUGACCCCACUCUCAGGGACCCCCUCCCGCCGGGCUCUGGGGAGAGAAAGGGGUUAAAAUUUACCUUUCUCCAGCACCGGGCAGGGAGCUCUCCUCCUCCUCUCCGCCUCUUCUCCUCCUCUUCGGCUGAAUGCGCAUGCGCGGCAGGAGCUGCGCGCGCAUUCAGCCAGUUCAUAGGAAAGGAUUCAUAAUAGUGAUUUUCACAGUGAGAAGCACGCAAGCACCUCUAGCGGCUGUCAAGAGACAGCCACUGGAGGCUGGAUUAACCCUAACAUAAACAUAGCAGUUUCUCUGAAACUGCUAUGUUUAUAAAAAAAAAAAUGGGUUAACCCUAGCUGGACCAGGCACCCAGACCACUUCAUUAAGCUGAAGUGGUCUGGGUGCCUAGAGUGGUCCUUUAAUAUUUGUUACAUGAUGAACAAGGGAAGCAACAGGAAAAAUGUUGUCACCUUAAAUUUAAUCUUACAUUCCCCUGUGACAUAUGACAAAGUGUCAGUGAGUCACUUUUCGAUAAUCUGAGGCCACGGGGUGGGGGUGGGGGGAAAAGGAAAGGUUUUACAGAGUACAUUUUAUUCAGUGUAGAGACUUUAUUUUCCAACAUUAGUUAUGAACAAAGAAUUAUUAAAUGGGACAGGGAACAUGCAAUGAACAUAGUUGGUAGAGCUAAUAAAGUCUGUUUUAUGUAUGACAUUUAAUAUUUUAACUUCUUCUGUAAGCUGUUCAUGAAGCAUUAUAUUAAAGGACCACUAUAGUGCCAGGAAAACAUACUCGUUUUCCUGGCACUAUAGUGCCCUGAGGGUGCCCCCACCCUCAGGGACCCCCUACCGCCCGGCUCUGGAAAGGGGAAAGGGUUAAAAACGUACCUUUUUCCAGCGCUGGGCGGAGAGCUCUCUGCCUCCUCUCCUCCUCCGUUACGCCCCGCCGGCUGAAUGCGCACGCGCGGCAAGAGCUGCGCGCGCAUUCAGCCGGUCUCAUAGGAAAGCAUUUACAAUGCUUUCCUAUGGACGCUGGCGUGCUCUCACUGUGAAAAUCACAGUGAGAAGCACGCAAGCGCCUCUAGUGGCUGUCAAUGAGACAGCCACUAGAGGAAAUAGGGGGAAGGCUUAACCCAUUGAUAAACAUAGCAGUUUCUCUGAAACUGCUAUGUUUAUUAAAAAAUGGGUUAACCCUAGCUGGACCAGGCACCCAGACCACUUCAUUAAGCUGAAGUGGUCUGGGUGCCUAGAGGGGUCCUUUAAAGUUAAACGUGCCAUCUAUAAAUGAUCAUAUUCAGGUAGGCAUACCUCCCAAGUGUCCCUACUUAGGAGCGAUGGUCCCUAUUUUGGAUCUGAAUCCCCAGGUCCCUCUUUUCUAGAAGCUUCAUUUUGCUGGUGUGUCUGCGUGUAUAACAGAGCUCCACAGCAAUAAUACUCCCAGUAAUGUCUGAGUGUGUAACAGAGCCCCGCAGCAAUAAUACUCCCAGUAAUGUGUCUGAAUGUAUAACAGAGCCCCGCAGCAAUGAUACUCCCAGUAAUGUGUCUAAGUGGAUAACAGAGCUCCACCGCAAUAAUACUCCCAGUAAUAUGUCUUUAAACUACAAUAAACGUGUUAAGAAAUUAGUCUGUGUAAAUCAGUUGCAUAAAUUGUCACCUAAAAUGUCUCAUAAGAGCCCUGGCCACGCCCUCACCUACACCCAUACAAUUAAAGUGUCUAUAUUUGCCCAUUUGAAAUAUUGGGAAGUGUGGGUGUGUAUCAAUUUAAAUCUAUCUAUUGUGCUGGAGCAAUGUAUAGAUUAAAGUAAAUGCGUAUACCAACACAUUCUCAGUGUUUAUUUCCCAUCAUGGCUGCUGGGAACAGGUUUGUCAGAUACACUGUUUUUUGGAAAAAAAAAAAUUAGCACUUGAACCAAACAAUAUACACAUAAAGGGGGGCAGACUGUUACUAAUUAGGAUUUUUAAUAUUAUAUUUAAUUAUUACCUAUAUUUAAAACAAUAUGUAUUUGGGAGGUGUGUAAUAAUUUAAAUAUAGAAAUCCAAACCUCUCCAUCUUUGUUCUGUCUGUCAUUGCUAUGAGCUCUGUCUUUGCACCCGGCAAUCAGCAUAGAGAAUAGAUACCGAGAAUAAAAGAGACCAAACAAUGUUUCUAUUUCUUUUACUCAUUUGCAAAAUAUGCCUUGUCUGUGCCAGGACUGAACUAGAUUGUGAUAUCGUUUAAGUCUUUAAUAUGAUUGUUAAAGAAAUGGUCGCGCCACAUGACUUUACAGGUCAUUUUCAGUUCCUUACCCCUGAAUAAGUGGAGUUCCUGAUUUUUGUGAAAUGUUUAAUAAACUAUGUAUUGCAAUCAUAAAUUCUAAAAAGGAAACAUGUCUGGUGACCUGGGACAUAAAACUAAUAUGGGAAAUAACUUGUCACAGCUGAGCAUAAUGAAUACAUCUUACUAAAGAUACAAUUUUUCAUAUUUUUGCAGUCUUUAAUUUAUUUUUUGCAAUCCUUAAUUUUAGUUUACAUGGUAUACCAGGAAAAAAAUUGUCCCUUCCAGCCUUCAGAUGACCCAUCAUAUUUUUUUAAGUGCAUUGUGUAGCUCAUGCAUCCAAUACUAAAAAAUAAAAAAAUAAAAUAAAUACUUGCACGUGAAGUUCCUGAAUUUGCAGAAAAUCCCUAAUUUUUGUGGCUUUUGCAGUGAACUGUGUUCAGACUAGCAGGUUACACCGCUAAUCAUGAUACUUUUUUAAGUAUCUUUCUAAAGUAGUUUGGGGGGAUAUCUAUUAAUGGAACAUUAUAGGGUUAGGAAUACAAAUGUGUAUUCCGAACGCUAUUGUGCCCUCUUGGUCGUUUAGGUCCCUGGCCCCCACCUGUAGGAAGGUCUUGUCAUAGUGUUGGAAUCGAAGCUGCUGUCCAGCCUUCUUGGCUGAGCUGGAGAUCGGUGAUCUCUGCAAGUAAUGCUCAUCUAUAGGAAAGCAUUAGGGAGGCUAGUGCGCAUGCACUUCAAAAUGCUGCACUGUGCCAAUUGUGAUGGUCUUUAUGAGACUGUGCCUGAUAGACAUAUCAGAGUUUUACUGUGUGACAGCCACUGGAGGCAUUUAAAUCCUGCAGAAUGCCAAUGUUUUCACUUGCAGGGUUAAAAGCCCCUACCUUUAAAUUACUCUGCCGCAGGACUAUAUGGGCACAACUGAGUUUUUGUGAAUGUAGUUUAGUAUUCAUACAGUAUAACGCUAACCACUAGACUGCAUUUCCCUUUAAAUACUUGCUGUUAAUUUUGUACAUCUGUGUUAUUAAAGAAACUGCAAGAUGGGGUGUACGGGGUAGGUUUAUGGAGACAAGAAAUUAAUUUAAAGGGCUUACCAGUUAAAAUGUCUGUGACCGAACCUACACAAUGCGACUAACAUACAGUGUAUCUUUAUGUCCUUUAAACAUCUUGUUAAAAAAGUGCAAUUGCUUUAAUUGUCAGUGCACUUUAAUAGACUGCAUUGCUCUCUCUUCUGCUUAGACCGCUUCCUAUACAUUUUUGGUUCUGCAUUUAGUUGGCACGCUUCAUGUUUUACAUAUCCGGUGAGCCGAUUAGACCCUCUACCUGAUUUGGAAUGAAAUUAUUACUGUAAACUUUGAUAUAAUAAUAAUAACAGGGGUUUAUUCGCUAAACACUGAAUUGUAGUUGAUUGAAAAAUAAAUUGGUCAAAGUGGGCAUCGAUGGCCAAACUAUGACUAUAUAGAUUUUUCAAUUCACGACCGUUCGGGGUUCUUAUGAUGAAUUCGAUGUUGUGUUUAACGGAUGCCAAUUACAUUCUCCCUCUCCCACCAGCAGGAAGAUGUGGUCAGGAUUCCGGUCCAGAUGCAGCUCGAAAUUGAGCAGAUGAAAGUUAUGGGUCGAAUUUCACAGCUGGAGCAGGAAAUCAGAGAGCUGCAGCUACAGCGGCGUGAGCUCACUAUUGAGGUAACCUGCGCCUUUUGGUCAUGCCAACACUGUUAACCUUGUAAAUGUCAGAGGAUUGUACAGUAAUCUAAAUCAUUUUUUAAAACCUUUUUUUUUAAAAUUUAAUUAAGUUGCUUGUCCCACCGUUCUUAAAGAUAUUAACUGGGGAAAGGUAACUUUUUCUUAUUUUCUGAAUUAGCAGAGCUUUUUUCCCCCUACAAAACAUUUACUGGAAGGAAGGCAUUGAUCAUUCCUCUGGCACUGAAAGGAUACAAUACAAUCCAUUUUUUUUUCUUUGUUUUUUUUUUUGUAUGUAUUGGGGCUGAUGUGUAUUAUGGUCAUUGCUGCCGCCCAGGAAUAGUGGGAGUUUGAGUGCAUGACUUAAUUUUGUAUGUUUGGAUAAAUUGUAGCAAUUGUCAUUCUUUAGGCACUCUGAUAAUCUUACUAAAAAUUUGUUUAUUGAGGAAAUACAGGUGAUAAUAAGCAGAGGGUUGUUUAUGAAUAUUUUUAGAAUUUGUUCCCAAUGAGUGAACUCAGAAAGUUAGACUCUAGGUAGUUACGAAGGGGGUUAUUUACUAAACAUCACAUUUUACUGCAUUGGAAACCAAACUGCAGAAUCUAGGAAGUGAAUAGAGCUAAACUAGAACAUUUUCACAUUUUUUGUCCCAAUUGUUGCAAUAUAGCUUUCAAUUGACUACAAAUUGGUAUUUAGUGAAUACGCCCCUUGGUGUAGCUGGAAUGAUGCUGGCUGGUAAGCUGACUGUGGUGAGAUCUUUACAUGUUCUCCUGUUUGGACAAGUUCUGCACAAGACAAGUCAGUUCCUACCUAGAGACAUCCGCUAAAGAGAUCACCCUCAUUAAAUUAAGUUAGGCUAAACUCGAGUUGACUCAGCAUUUCCCUUAAAACAGCACUGUCAAAGUCUGUGGACUUGCAGAAUUCGCAAAGACCCUCAAUGGUGACGUCACCGCUGGAGAUCCGGUGGACAGGAGUGGGGGGAGUGCAGGUAAAAGUGAGGUUUUUUUUUUACCCACCUAAACCUGUCCACUGCGGAUGCAACCAUCGUCUUCCGGUGGGUCGUGGGGCAGCAAAGAAAAAGCUAUCAAGGAAUUAUUAGAUCUACAUUGUAUACAAUUUCCACAAAACGCUACUUGUUAUACAUUUUAAAUUUUUUAAUUUUUUAUGUUUGGCUUGGAUUGGCAGUGUUUUUUGUAAGUUUCCCUUAUGCUUAUUUAUAUGAUCUGGAUAUAAAUCUGCUGGGGUAGAAUCUGGAGAACUACAAACGAGAUAUUUGACUGGAGCCUUAAAAGUUUGCAUUCUCUGUCUCAGUUAUAUGUGAGUUGGAUAACGAAUGGUUGCAUUAUUGAAUUGUGAAUAUGUAAUAUACUUGUAUUGUAGGUUAUAAUUUACUUAUUUUUAAUGUGCUCUCAUCUAUUUUUCGAUUAUUUUAAGUUUACAGCGUGUAUUGCAUUGAUGGAGGAGAAACAAAAACAGUGGGUGCUUUAAUAUUUGUAAAAUAUAGGUAAUAGACUAAAAUAAUAUUAAAAAUAAUGAGAAAUGGGGGAGGGGCUUGAAUGCCAUGCAGAGUGAAAUCAAAGUGCCAUAGCUCCUCUUAUGCAACUACAUUUUUUACUACUAUGACUGACUGGUCAGAUUUAGUUGACUCCCAGAUAUUUUUGUCUAACUGGGAAGACCUGGUGAAUGGGUUGAUACAACUCAAGCAGCAUUUUUUUUUAUCUUAGUCCAGUCCCAAUGCUUUGGCAGCCUUCCUGUGGUGAAGAAGCUGGAGAGGCUGUUACCCUCCUGAAUUGUCUUGUGACUUCAUCUAGAGCCGUUUUUUCACCCCUGUUGACCAGUGGGGAUAAUUCUGGUUUCCGUGUCCAGAGCAGCUUCAAUGGCUUCUGCCACAGGUUGAUCGGCUGGCCUGCUAACUGCUACAAACUGAUCAAAGAUGGUGAAUGUUACCUUGCCGAAAGUGGGCCAGACACUUUUACAUGUGGACUCUCUGCUCGGCGCCUUUGACAUCUGCUCGAGAUUUUGGGGCAAUGCUGGACCAGUGGACUUCCCCAAUUCCCAGCCAUCAGUCAGGCUUUAUGCGCAUCGAUCAUGUGUUACGAGAACUCACCUGGGCCAUGGGCCUCCACCAAUCCUUACGUUGUCUCUUGUGUCACCCUCUUCAAUGCUGACUCCGUAAUUAGAAGUAGUGGUUUGCGAUCCUAGAAGUCGGAUGACUUUUACAUAAUAAUGGCCCAAUGAGGGGACUCCUUGUGCACCGUGAAGGAUAUGCUUUCUUAAGUGAUUAUAGGCAUUUUAUCAUGCUGCCCUUAACUCCUGCUCCAGUGGUUUUACUUGUUUUCUUCUGAUAUAUUUAAGCUGUUCGUUUAACAUGAGAUAAUUAAAAAUUGUGCAAAAAUCUUGACAUGUAUGGCAUAAUCUUGUUGACCCUAAUCUUAUAUUUUACCAUGACAUGUCUUUACCUCUUGUGAUAGAGUUAAUGCAAUACAAAUAUAAAAAAAAUGGAAAAACAAUAAUGAGAAAUGAGUUACUUUUUAAUACUCUACGUAAUUCAUCAUGUAGCUUUUUACAUUUUAUUAAUUUGCGAUACGUUAAUUCAGCUAAACUUGCUAAUGCAUGCGUCUAAACCUUCCAGAGUUCCAGAACAGUCCCAAUUUUCAUGUCCUGUCCCACCAUCCCAACUUUGUUCACUGGUGUUCUGCUUUUGGGGACACCCAGGAACUGUUUUCAAAAAGUGCAGUGCAAGAUGUGUUCGCUCUACACUCUGGGUCCCUCGGAUGCUAUCGCACCCCCACCCCCCGCUCAGGACGCUGCUGCUUUUAACACCAGUGUUGGGGGUAUGUUAAUGUCUUUGUUUUACUUUGCCAAGUUUUUAACCACUUCUCUGAAGAAAAACAAAACAAAAUAUAUUACUUUUAUAUUCGCUCCACCUCUGAAUACCUCUUUAAACCACAUUCCCUGAGCACUCUGCGUUCUUGGACCCGCCACACCUCUCGUAACCCACACUACCUGUCAGGAAAGCUCACUGGUGUUGCCAACACCUCCUAUUAAAUUAUCAUUGUCAUCAGAUAGUGUAUAUAAAACAUCUUGUAGCACUGCCUGUAACUUUUUUAUUGAAAAAUGAAAUAUGCACUGAAUAAAUACGCACUUUUUACCUUUUUGUUUUUAUUCAUUUAUUUUUUAAAUAAAAUUUUAUUAAAAACACAAUAAAAAUAUCUAGCUAACUUUAGCAUUUAAUUUUGGAUAGUGCUCUCCGUAUCAAUGCUUUUCUGGCUGGAUUUCAUUUUGCAAAUUCCUGAGUGGGCUGCAUAAUUCUAAUUCUUUGUGAGCUGUAGACCACCAGAAUUUUCCAAAAAUUAUUUCUCAUGUUUUCUGAGAAAACACAAUGCUAACUGCUUGAUACAUAUUAAGGAGAGGUAACCGAAAACACAGCAGUAGGAUCUUUUUCUACCCUAUAUUUUCUAAGUGUCACACCUUUGCCAGUGUUUAGCGCUAACCACCUGAUAAUCUUGUUCAAUAUGUACAGUUUCCCCCAGAACGUCUGCUCUUUUGGUUUCAUUCCCAAACCAUCCAUCAUACUUUAAAACCCCUCCCCCAACAAACUGCGGUAGCGUCACUAUCCUUGACUCCCCCGCACCCUGACAAACCAGUAUUUCCAGACUAUUCUCAUUUAUAGGAGGAACCGAAACCUGAAAGGGGGGGUGGGGUUGGGAUGGCACAGUGUAGUCUGGGAAUAUAUAUAUCUAAUUAAAAACAGGAGUUGGGAAUUUUACGAUUCAUAAAAAUUGCCAAGGGGCUUAUAACCUCAGCCACCCCUGCUAAGAAAACAUAAACUUUUCCAUUUAAGAAAUGUAGAAGAGAACAUAAAAUGACAUUUUAUGGCCUUAUAGGUGCUGCGGACUACAACUCCCAUGCUACCCAACUGAUUACAUGCAUGUGAUAAGAAUUGUAGUUCACAGCCACAGAAUCUGCGUGAACAUCUCACAAUUGGUAAAGGCGAUUUGGAAGAAGUUUAAAGAAAUAAACAGAUCACUGAAGACACUUAUAUAAAACACAUAAAAUUAAGUAGGAAAUUAAUUUAGAUCACAAUCAAACUGUUUAGUGAAUGAGCCUCGUGGUCUGUCGUUGGCACUCAUUGUCGAUGAAGUCUCCAAACAUUAUUUUGGUUUCCUUUUAAGCAGAUCUGCCUUGGUUGGAUCUAGCACUAGUUUCUUUUCCUUCGUACAUAUUCUACAAAACAAAUGUUUUUUUUUUUUUUUUUUUAAACAUCUAUUAAGGAUAGAUAUCUUCCAACUGUAAUCCUCUACAUCAUUGUUAAAAUAUUGCACGUGCGCAUUGUCAUACGGACAAAAAGGAAGAACCGGAUUUGUGAACCUUUCUGUAAGCCGUGGUAAAGAGUAAGCAAAAAUAACUCAUAUUUUAGGUUGGGCUAUCAAUUUUUAGCAGGCCAUAAUUCUAGAAUUCAGAACCCAAAAACAAACCUGCACCCCAAUAAACAACUGUGUCAUACUUGAGCACGUAUGAAAUUCUGCCCUGUAUACACAUUAUGCCCAUACCUCCCAGUUGUUUCCUGUUUAGUUGUAUUUUGAGCCCAAAUAUCUCACUGUUCCUCUCUUUAUAUCUUAAUGUCCCUGAAAUGUUUGGUAUUUAGGAGAUUAUCGUGGAGCAUCACAGCAAUAAAACUCACAGUAAUGGGUCUUUAAAUCACAAUAAAUGCGUUUAGGAACCAGUUUGUGUAAAUCACAUGCUAUGGUGUUCUAAAUCCUAUGUUCAUUUAUAGACAUGAUUAUAAGGAGGUCAUGAUUUAGUCUAAAACUGUCCAGGAAUUUCUGCACUCCCCCUCCCCCCCCCAACCUUUAAAGGUAUGUCUUCUUGUCUGCUUAAUUACCAAUAGAAAUUCUAUUAUGCCGCACAUGGGCACAGCAACCAGAAAAAUGUUGAGAGGGUUUGCUAAUGCUUAAACCACCCUUAUAUUUUUCCCUGAAUUAAACCAAGAAAUUCAUGUAGAUUGUUUAUAUUUUUGUGUGUACAAAAAGUCAAACCAUCUUGCUCUCGAUAUACAUACCAAUUACUUGCCUGCGGCUUAUCAGCAGAGUUAUAGAAGCAGGUAUAGAGAUAGCACCCCUAGGACUUAUUCAAAUUAGUUCAAAUAUAACUUUUGUUGCUCAAAAAAUUAAAAUAGAUGUUCCAGUUUGCCAAAUCAAACUUUCUUAAUAUGUUGCAGAACAAAAUGUAUUUUAUUGAAUGCUGUUCUGCUAGUAUAAACUAUUUUUUUUGUUUAGUUUGUACUCUUUUUGUUUAUAUCUUCAUAUACAAUUUUGUCUUGUAUGCAGUAUAAACGUACUGCAUAUAUUGAUGUAAAAAUAAAAAACCUUUAAUAAAAAAUAUUUGAAAAAAACUGCAGAGAUAUUUCCUUAUUCCUUAAAAGAACCCGUCUGUCAAUGUCACUAUUUGCUCCGCCAGCCCGUACAGAACUUGUCCACUGUUUAUAUUCUGUGGCUGAACAGGUGUGCACCGCAGUCUGGGUGUAUUGACACUGAAACAAAAGAUUAACUGAUACAACAGGACACUUGUUUUCUUGAGCAAUGUCAAGUUUUGAAGCACUGUGUCUGAGGAACAUUCACAGGCACAAAGCAACCACGGUCAAAAGCAGAAGAAUGGUGCACUAGAGGUCAGUGCAAGGUCUGUCGUUUGGCCAAAUCCUUUCUUGCAUCGCUCGUCACAUCCUUUAGAAAUGGCACUAGCUUUCUUUUCUGGUCCAUCUUUGUCGGCUGGAAGACUAAUUACCUCGCCGCUCCUGAUUGCUGAGAAUCUACAUAGUCUGACAGUACAUAGAAUUUAAUUUACACUUCUAGUCUGCACAUUGUGAAACUCCUGACUUGUUUUUCAACUAUUCAAAGUUAUUUUUCCUUAUGAUGACGCCAAGCCUAUAAAUUGUGAUCUCUAUUUUGCUGUUUUUGACAGGAAGCAAAAAACAAAACAUUUAUUGCAAUUUUGGGCUCUGCUUGCAAGCUGUCUUAAUAGUGUUAUUGGAUUUCCAUAGAAUUUAACAUUAGAAGUUUGGAGGAAUUUCUCUCAUUUUGGAGAUUUUUAGUAUGCGUUAUCAAUUAUGUGUUUAUUUAUUUGUAGGGAUUUUCUGACCAAACUCCAAAAUAUAUCACAAACAGCAGUAAUAUCUUCAAAAACAGUCCUUGUCCCUUUGAUUAAAGGCAAGCAUUUAACGUCACGUAGACUACUCCCAUUAGGCUAAGACAGUCUUAGAGGUAUGAUCUGUAUGGGUAUUCACUAUUAUAAUUGUUUUUAUUUUCAGGACAGAAAUGUAUUGAAAAGCCGGAAACAUUUUUUUCAAAGUUAGCUUUUUCCCUUUCAUUUCUGCUCCUCCCAGUUUUUCCCAUUUAGGAGGGAUAUUAUUCCUGGGGAUAGAAGAGUUCCUCGUGGGAGGUGCUUAUUUCUCACAAAGUCUCUCUUUCUGUUUAUUGCAGGUGGAAAUGGAGGUGGCUUUGCUGGAAGGAGAGCUGAGGACAGAAAGAAAGAAGAUGGAACAGGAUGAGGCACUCAUACAGUCUUUACAUGAGCAAUUGAGACAGACGGAGGGGAGGUGGCAGGAAGAAAAAGAAAAGGUAAUAUUUGGGCACACCUAUUUACACAGAACAUUUUCUGUCAUCACCUGAAUGAAUGCAUCUUUUAUAUCUGCUUAUCAGAAUAAUUAUCAUCUCAAAGACCUGUCCUGUGUUAUUUGAAUACAGAUAUUGGUCCCUUAUUUAAUACUUGAUUCACAGCUGUAAAGAACGAUACCUUUUACUCAUUAGUUCUGUUUAGUAGUCUCAGCACAGUGGAUUCACCUUUUAGGAAUUCUUGAACUUCACAUCUAUGGAUUGCCAAUUUUUGUUUUGCUGGACAAACAUCUCUUAUUAAACUGCUUUGUUGAAAAUACUGACUGAGCCACAGAUUAGAGUCUUCGCACAUUGCUGUGAGACCAGCCGCUUACUUUCAUUUUAUUACACCACAGGAUAAGCUACGGUUGCAUGAUGAGAAGAAGAAAGUGCGGGAUCUUGAGAAGAAGAUCGCAGAGUGUCGUGCGCAGCUGGACAAACAACCAGAGAGUUUACGGGAACAACUACGGAAGCAGAUACAGGAGGUGAGCAGAAGUAGGGUGGGCUGAUUAGGAUUUUAUACCAAUGGAUGAUAACUUGUGGUCCUUCUGUUGACUCAGGAGAUGAAAGGUUCUACUUCCAUCAGAGUUUAUAGACUUUUAAGACUGUUUGAUUAAUUUUAUUAUACUUUUUAUUAUUAAUUAAAGGAUACGAUACGUUAUGACCUUUUUAGAAGGGUUUUACUUUUAGAAAUGUCUCUGACUUACCCGAUUAAAGUGCUUACUAUUUAUAAGGUAGUUAAUGCUCGAUAGUUGUAGUUUGAGUCUCACAUAGAUCGUGUGAUUCCUGAAGUUCUUAGGUCUACCUGCCUGUGAUCCUUCUGUGAACGAAAUUAGAUUUUUAGGCAUUGAAUAUACUCAGUGCCUGGAAGGGUGCCCAGGUGUUUGGUUCACUGCUCGGUUGUCCCCUCUAGAAGAAGAAUGAGGAUGCGCAGGUGUCACUUUUCCAUCUAUGUCUUUUCCAUAUUUGGUGAAAAAUAUGUAUUGGGUCAAUUAAUCAGAUUUUUCAGUAGAUAAUGCAGGGUGACAUUAUAUUGUGUCCAUUAUCCUGUGAAUUGUUUGGAGGUUGUUCAGCUAUCAGGUCUAGAUGCUUCAUUCUCUCCAAGGUGGUGGAGAGUGCCCAGUUACCUUUGCUACCAUUUUUUUAAUUGAUGGUUAGAAUGGUGUGUAACCCAGACACUGUCACUGUGCUAUAUUCUUUGAUAGUCAUUGUGGUGGUGGAGUGUGCUACCACAUGGGUUCUUACGUUGGUAACUCUCACACUGUUUAUAGGCAGUGCAUUUUGUUUACUGGUCGUUGAUUCUUAGAUGAAAGCGUUUGUUAUUCACUCUGUGUUAAUUGCAGAUGACGGAGUCUAUGGAAUUAGCUGUGAAAUCUUUUGAGGACUUGGAGUUCCAACAGCUGGAGACAGAGAGUGGCCGAGAGGAGGAACAUGAAGCUGCAUACAGACAGAUCUCACAAAACAUAUCCAAGCAACAAAAUGAGCUUAACCGAAGGAAGGUAAGUGGUAUCACCACCAGACAUUUGUGUACAUUGUAUGUAUUCAUUGUGCAUUCAACAGCCUCAGGAGAAUUCUCUGUGCCCCUUGGUAUAGAUGUUUAUUUAAAAGUCUUAUCUUAACAAUGUAGAAAUGAGCCGUAAAAUUGAACUUAAUGCUGAUUUAAACUAGUAGGGACUGUGUGCCAAAUCAGCCUUUAAAUUAACUCAAUUAACUCCUUUUUUCCCCCCUAGGACAAAGUUUUGCGCCUAGAAGAGCAGAUAAAGGGCGCAGAGGAGCAAGCCGUGGCAGAGAGACAAAGGAUUAGUGAGCAAAAUGCCCAAGUCUUCCAGUCUCUAAAUCAGGUAUUGGUUUAUAUUUGUACUUUACGAUCCAGUAUGGAAACAAUGGGUAGAAUGAGAUGGGCACUAUACUGUGUACAGGCAGGAUGGGACGGUGAGGUGGACACUGUACUGGGUACAGUCCUGAUCUGACAGUGAGCUGGGCACUAUAAUGGCUACAGCCCAGAGCUAGGCAUUAUACUGGGCAAAGGCUUAGUCUGAUGGCGAGAUAAGCCGUAUACUAUAUGGAAAGAUUGUGUGCUGGGCACUGUUCAUUGCAGAGAGAUGAAGAGCUGGGCACUGUGCUGUAUGGAGGCAUGACGAUCUAUGCAGUGUUCUGUCGUGUGCUGUAUUCCCGAAAGACAUACCUGUAUAUAAUCUCCUCUCCUGGUUGUGUAGACCGUCAGAACUAGAACUUGAGAACUAUGGAGCCAAGUACUGAAAGCAAUUUCCUAUAAACAACUAUGUGAACAUUCUUUCUCCAACAGAUUUAAGUAGAAAAUGUUUUGCAUCACAAUUCAACAAAUAUUUAGCAUAACCUGUAAAAUACAAACAGAAAAAUCUAGAACCACGUCUGGCUCCACUGGGCAUAGGGACAGAAUGCAGGGUUUAAUGGGUUUACACUACCUAGAAAUAUCCUUAGGGUUCCACCUUUUAAAGUCACUUUAAUUUGAUUGGCACAAAAUAUUGAGGUCACAGAGAUCAAUGAGAGAAACGCUGUCUUUACACAUGUUAUGAGGGGCACUUACUUAAAUACAAUAAUAUUUUUUUGAUGUCGGGAUGAACUAAAAGACUGCCCAGUGGCCGUGGUUGAUAUCUUUACCAGCUUAGAGGGAGACUAAUCUUUUCAGCGAUCCUUGGGUUAUAUGUGUAUAAACUCUGUCCCUCUUGUAUAAUGUUAAAUACUUUAGUUAAUAUUGCUCUCGUAUGUCAUGUCAGUGACCAUGUGUUUGUACUCUAGGAGAAGAAUCGAUUGCUGGCACUUGGAACCAAAGACUCUGAUCAAAAGGAAAAGGUGGAAAGCCCUCUGAGAAAAGUAAGACAGAAACUAGACUUCGGUCAUCUGUCAUCUUCUGACACCUAGUGGUCGAUUAAACAAAUUUCACUCACUUUCCCUGCCCUCAGCACAUUGGAUAUUUUACAUUUGAGACUGUACGUCUUCCAUUUAUUUCCGUUGUCUAGUUUUGGGCUCCAUGCUUAACUUGUCUUAUAUUUUUCCGUCCACCAGGGACUCCAGAGAACCUCCAGCUUGCCACGAAGACGAGGAAAUGCCCCGUUCGUCCGGCCUACCGACCGGCCAGUUUCUCUUCACAGCAGCAGUAAGUGACCACUGUGCUCAGAGAGUACUUCCUUUCAAGGUGGACCUGCCAUCUACAAAUAUUAAAUAUAAAUUGGCAAAUUCUAAAAAGUAAUCUAUACUUUGGGAUUCCAAAUCAUGCAAAUGUAUAUGUUUAUAUUUAUAAAUUUAUAAGAUCUACUUACCUGAAACUUGGGUCCAAAUCUCUGCCAUGGACUUGUUGUGCUACCACAAUUUAUAGGCCAAGGCUACACUGGAGAGAUAGUGGAACUCAGUACUUGGCAUGGUAUAAGCAGAUAGAUGCAUGAAUACACCAUGCAUAUUGUCUAUAAAGCUAAAACGUAAAAUAAUAUUAUUGUUAUUAUUACUAUUAAAGAGAUAUUUUCCAUAUCUGGUAUUUUGGAUACAUUUUGCAGAUGGUGCCAUGGUUAUCUUUUUAACCCCUUAAGGACACAUGACAUGUGUGACAUGUCAUGAUUCCCUUUUAUUCCAGAAGUUUGGUCCUUAAGGGGUUAAAGGGAUACUAUAAGCACCAAAACAACUUUAGCUUAAUAAAGCAGUUUUGGUGUAUAGAUCAUGCCCCGGCAGUCUCGCUGUUCAAUUCUCUGACAUUUAAUCACUUUGUCUAUGCAGCCCUAGGCACACAUUCCUGUGUGUGACUAACAUUGCCUUCCUAAAUAACUCAAAAAAAAAAAAAGUUAAGAUGUUUGUUCCCCUUAUUGCACAGUGUGUUUAAUUUAGAAUUUCUUCUCACCUGCUCUUUCAAUAGCAUACUAGAGCCUGUAGGAACCUCCUGUGUGUGAUUAAAGUUCAACUUGCAGAGCAGUCGCAUCUGGGGAGGUGUGGCUAGGAGUGUAUAAACAGAAACAAGUGAUUUAACUCUUUAAUGGCAGUGAAUUGAGCAGUGAGCCUGAAAGGUCAUGAUCGAUACACAAAUACUGCUUCAUUAGGCUAAAGUUGUUUUGGUGCUUAAAGUAUCCUUUUAACUAUCACAAUGAGUAUCUUAGUUACUAACAUAAGGUCUGGGGUUUUCCACCGUUUAUGGCAGACCUGUUAAAUAAAACUGUGGAGUACCUGGUGCUUUCUACAUACAUCACUUAUAACAGUAAUUAUUUCACAGUACAGGGCUGACAGUUUCACUGGGCCUCUCUUUAUUUAAAAUAAUGAUUCUGCUAAAAAUGACUAGUUGCUUUGCAGAUGCAUGUCGUUUUACACUGACCUCCAUUUACUCUCUGAUAUCUGUGUCACCGCAGCCAAUCACUGGUGACAGCUGACUAAGUUAGUGUUAAAGAGAUACUCCACUGCCCAAAUCCCUCAAAAAUAAAAAUCACUGUCAGAAUGAAAACAUAAAUUUUUUUACUGUGGGUAUAUGUAAAAACUGACAAAAUCUGCAGAACUCUUGUAUGUGGCCAUUGCAAGUCCACCCCUUCUAACACCGCCCAGACUUUCUGUGGCUGUCCAAUCACAGACUCAAUGAAAAGCCUUUGUAAGGCAGGUGAUAAAAGUAAAUAAUUUUUUUUUUUUUAAAUCUGCACUUUUUGUAAAAUGAAGACCCUUGUUUAUACAUAAAAUUGUUACGGGGGCAGGGGGCACUAUCGAUUUACUAGGGAUCUUGUGCAUUCUUUUUUUAAGUUUGUGAUUCUAAUAAAAAAACAAAUAAAAAUAAUAAUGAUUUAAGGGUAUAUUCACUAAACUGGCAAUUGUACAGACUUUGAACAGGGAAUAGUACCGUUUAGGUUAAAAUAGCUGAGUUUCAAAAGUACCUGGUUGGUGAAUUUUUGAAAAUAUAGAAAAUAAAAAUAGAUUUUUGUACCACUCAAGGUUGACAUAGCAUCAUGGGAUAUGUAGCUCUAUAACAUCCGAGAAUCUGCAUUUGGCCACCCUGGGUUGCAAGAUGUUUUACAUCUUAAGUCUUUUGAUAAGUAAUUCGAUAGUAGUUUGGUUAAAAUAUAGCUCUAAAGAAUUAUAAACUUCUGAACUAGUUUAACUAUUCAGAUUUUAAAUAUUGACAGGGUUAUUCACUGAAGUGGAAAUUGAUGGAAUUCAAAGAAAAUUUUAAAUUUAAAGGAACACUAUAGUCACCUAAACAACUUUAGCUUAAUGAAGCAGUUUAAGUGUAUAGAUCAUGCCUCUCAGGUUUCACUGCUCAAUUCACUGCCAAUUAGAAGUUAAAUCACUUUGUAUCUGUUAAUGCAGCUCUUGUCACACCUCCCUGGCUAUGAUUGACACAGCCUGCAUGAAAAAAAACUGGUUUCACUUUCAAUCAGAUGUAAUUUACCUUAAAAUUUGUUUCUCUUUCUCUGUAAAUUGAACAUUAAUCACAUACAAGAGGCUCUUGCAGGGUCUACCAAGCUAUUAACAUAGCAGGCGACAAGAAAAUCUAAAUUAAACAGAAUUUGCAAUAAAAAAAAAUGAUAAACUUUAGAUGACUUUUUACAGGAAGUGUUUAGGAAGGUUGUGCAAGGUACAUCCAGGGAGGUGUGACUAGGGUUCAUAAACAAAGGGAUUUAACUCCUAAAUGGCAGAGGAUUGAGCCGUGAGGCUGCAGGGGCAUGUUCUAUACACAAAAACUGCUUUAUUGAGUUAAAGUUGUUUUGGUGACUAUAGUGUCCCUUUAACGUCAAAAUAGUUAAACUGUAAAAAUUCCAGUCCCCUAAUGUUUCACUCAGUUUAGGAAAUAAGUAAAUGUUUAAGCAGCUUAUUAUUUUGCUACUAACAGAUGUAGUUUUUUUUGAGCAGAAAAAAUAUUUGUAAUCUUAAAAUCUGUUUAUUUCCUGGCAGUGCGCGAAAUUUCUGUUCUGUAGAUAGUGGUAAAUGUGAAAUGCUGCAAGGAUUUUCUUUUUUGUUUUGGCGAUUUUGAGUUUACAGUGGAAAUUCACUCCUGCUGUGCCAAUUAUAAAAGCCAUCACUUACCUAUAAUAAAACUGUAGCAGCAAGAAAACUAAAAAAUACCUGCAGAAAUUUUGGAAAUAUUUAAAAUAGGUCUUUUCUUUUUUUCACAGCAUGUUUGCAGAGCGUUGGUCUUGCGUUAAAUCUUGCCGUGUCCUCUCAAAGCACGGCUGGUAAAAUCGGCCUGUCUCUCAGCCCAAAUCUUCUGAGCGCUCGCAAUCGUAAUAUCCAAGGGGAAGAGAGGAGAACGUCAAACGAAGGGAAAACCCCAAAUUGUCCCCCCAAAUCUUCACUGACCAAUGGGUAAUUAUAAAUUAGGAUCUCUGCUUCUUUAAUAAAUUACUCGGAAAAACAUGAUGACCUGUUCUAUCACUGUAAGACAGAUGUUACCUGCGAAUCAUAUGAGUUUAACUCAACCAGUAAAAUGCUCUAAUCCAGGGGUAGGCAACCUUUGGCAUUUCAGGUGUUGUGGACUACAUCUUCCAUAGUGCUCGUACAGCCACAAUGCUGGCAAAGCAUCAGGGGCACAUCUGCUGUGCCAAAGGUUGCCUACUCCUGCCCUAAUCCAUACAAUUCAGAGGGAAGAAAUUGUCAAAUUGUGCGGAAACUCAGAAUGGGCUUUCUUACCUCCCAGUGACUUGUGGGUUGCUAUCUACUGGGUAACAUAGAACCUUCCUAUUUGCUGGUUAACAGAUUGUCCAUCAACCUCUAGUCGUCGUCUGCUUAGAAGAUUCUGCAAGACUUGGUUGCUUGUGAGCGCUGGGUGUUAAUGCUGUUUUUAGGGGCCCAGUCUGAAAUAUAAGGUCUUGGGUUAGAAAAAAAAAAAAGAAAUAAGCACACUAUUAUGGGUGGGGAGACAUGGGGCUAUUGAGGUAAUUAAUUAGAGAUGAAAAACCAGAGGAGAGAACAUUUGGGAUAAAAAGAUAUAUGGACGAUCAGAUAGGUGAAAGUCAUAAACCAUGAACAUAAAUUUACAAGAUUAUCAAUGAAAGUAGUAACACUUGCUAAACAAACAAUUAACAAAAAGUCAUCAAAUAACAUGACCAUACCAAUUUAAAAAAAAACCCCCAGAAGAUCAUAACGGGAUAAAUAAUAGUUAUCAAUUAAGUAGUGAUAGUAUAGGGAGGGAGGUGGAAUAGAACACAAUUUUAAGUAGUAAUAAGUAGUCCAGGACUUCUUGAAUAUAUCUUCCAGCUCUGUGUUGAACCCAUAGCGCUAAAAAUAUUUAACCCAUUGAGUGCCAGAGGUGUGCGCACAAUUCUUUGCUCACAAAAUAUUGGUUAUUAUCCACGGUAUUGCCGGUAUUAUGCAAUACAGAAGUCCUAAAAUUCUUAAUUCCUAGGGUACAGGGGUGUCCACAUUUGUUUCAGUUUCGUGAAGAUGAUCUAUUUUUUUUUUAAAGAGACAUACAUGCUGUGAGUGUUUUCCUUUCAAUCUGCUGGCUUCCGUUUGUGGCUCGAACGAGAACAGAAUGAAAUGAUGCAUAUCUUACAUGUAUCACUGUAUUAUAAACCACUAACAAGUGCAUGUGCCUUGAGUUUGUUAACACAUUAAUGUCAGCUGUUAGUGCCAACUAAGUUAAUAGACUACUACUGGUUUACAGACUAAUGGGCUGGUUUUUAAUCCAUUUUUAAAUAAUUAACAUGUUAAUGACCGACUGUUUGGUUUCUAGCCCAGUCAGUGCUGUCAAUGGCUUGAGUGGUGUAUGUACACUAUUAAGUUGUUUUUCUGGAGAGAGAGAGGGCAUGGCUAAUAAGGCAGGCCUUAGGGGCAGCAUUCUGCAAAACAUUAUUUUUUUUUUGCAAAAAAUAUUAAGAUUUGUACAUGCAUAAAAUACAGCAUAUUAAUGAAGCCAAAAACUAUCAAAUGCAUUAUAGUUGUAUUGGUGCCCAGCGUGUCCCUUUAAACAUUUUAUAAAACUUUUUUGUUAGCUUAGUAAAAUACAUUUGUCAGGUAGUUGUAGGAUAGCAUAUAUAUUACUGAAGACCAUAUUAAAUAUCUGAACUGUUAUAGUAAUUAGAAGAGUUUCAAGGGGAAUAUUACUCAAUUGCAUGUUUGUUUUAUAUAUUCAAGAUCCUUACCUAAAAUAGCUGAGAUUGAACGCCAGUUGCGGGAGGCCAUGGCAGAGAAAGAGCGCCUUCUAAAGGCCAGGGUGAGUACACACAUUCAAAUGUUCUAUUUAAACUUUUUUUUUUUUUUUUUUUUAACAAGCAUUUCUGUUGUAAUUGCUGCUUAAGUUUAUUCAAGAUAUGAUACUUGCAAAAAAUCUUAAAAAAAUAAAUAAAUCCUCAAUGAAUUUAGUAAAUCACAUUUUAGUAACUGUUGAGCCAGGCUGCCAGUUUUGCAUUAAACAAAGGGAGAUUCUGACUAUCCUUGUAUUCGACACUUGAUGCAAGGAGCCAUAAUCCGUAGCUGCUGUGAAUUACAGUAAAUGAAACCUAGUUUUGCUGGUACACACACUCCUCUAGUGACUCUCUCAUUAUAUAUGCAGCUCUGCUAGUCACACAUAUACACCCCACGCUGUCUCAGCUGAUACAAUAUGCAAUGCUAAACCAACACACCGCCUUCCCCACUGCGUGUCACAUGAUCGUCACACCAGCCCUUCUCCUUUCUUCUGACAAGUCACCCAGUGCUGGGAGAAGUUUAUUUUCUCAGGGAGCCCGACCACAAUCUGGAUCUGCAGGUCAGCUAUAGCUCUCCAUCUAUCGGGGGGAUACAGACCUUAUACAGUCCUUUAGCAGGACACUGUGCCAUGGGUUCCCUGGAAUGUAGCUGUGUAUUGACAUUGUUCUCUGUAUACUGUAACUGUCAGGUGUAACAGUUGCUGUAUACAUUGUGACUCCGUCCCAUGCAUGAUUCACUAACCUGCUGACUGGAGGAACAGGUUUCCCAGCUUGUGAUGGGAUUACUAACAGAAGGUGGAGGUUUGGACUGGCUCUAUGCUCUGUUUAUGGCAUUUCACAUAGAAAGGAUUAUUGUAAAACAAUACCUCACUGUUCAUGUCUGGCGUUGGGAGAAGCACCUGUCCUUACAUGUUACUGCUCAGUGAUGGCGUGUUUGAUGUGCGAAUCAGUCAUGUUUGCAUUGUUGUAUGUGAUGGUCGGGCCGUCAAUCGGGGUUUAUUUACUAAACUGUGACUUGUGGCGAUGUGAACGGGGAAUGAAACUUUCUGGCUGAAUAGAAAAGUUUGAUAAAAAAGAUCUACAAGGUAGCAAGUUAUAGUCUUUCACUGUAUCCAACACUUGGAUUGAUAAUCAAUUGAUAAUCAAAUAUUUAAACCGGUAAUUUACAUUUACUUUUCUUCUGCUUUCCUUUUCACGUCGAGCCCUAUCCUCACAGCUAUCUCACUGAUUUUGGCUAUUUAUUUGUCCGUUUCCCGAAAUCCCCUGUCCCCCUCCAAUCCCAUACCUGACUCAGUUUUUUUCUAUCUUAAUAUGUCGUAAUUUAUCUUGUCUGUGUCUCUCUCUGUGUCUCUCUCUGUGUCUGUCGCCUUGUGUUGCACUUUUUCUAUCUGUCUCGCAGUGUCUCUCUCUUUAUCUCCAUUUCUAUCUUUUCUCUCUCUUUCUGUGUUUCUGUAUCCCAAACUCUCUGCCCCAUGCCUCUCUUGAACCCUCUCUGUCUCUCUCCCCGUGUCUCUAUUUCAGUCUCUCUCACGCUUUAUCUCUGUCUCUCUUUCUCCUCCUUGUGUCACUCUCUUUAUCUCCGUCUCCUUCUUGUGUCUCUCUAUUUCUGUCUCUCUGUGUCUCCCUGUCUGUAUCUCUAUUUCAAUCUCUAUUACUUUCUGUCUCUGUUUCACUCAUGUUUGCUGUCUCGCUGCUAUCUCUCUCUCUUCCUCCUUUGUAUCUCUCUCCCCUCUCACUCUCUGACUCUAGUCUUUAGUGCAUACCUCCCAUUCCAGCAUCCAGAUAAGCAGGGCCUGUCAAUCAAUCAACCAGACCGGCCCACUGAGGGAAAAUCAUGGUGGAUCACUGUUUCAGUACUUCCUGCAGGGUCCUAGUGGCCUAAGCAUAGCGCUCGCGUGUAUUUGUUGGGAACAGUUCCCUGGUGUCUACAAAAGCGGGACACUAAGAAUCUAAGUUGGGACAGGACCCAAAAAUCUUGUCUGUCUCUUCAAAAUUGGGACAGUUGGGAGGCUGGAAAGUGAGAACUUAAAAUUUCUGUAAGCCAGUUAUGCUUCCAGUUCAGUUAUAUUGGACUAACAUUUUAAAUUCACUUUAAAUUCCUAUUUUAGUAAAUAAUCCUGUCAGUCUUCCAGUCUUUGUGCAACACACAGAGUCAGUAACCAGACUACUCUAAUAUAGAAGUUAAGAAAAUUGUCUUCAUCUACACUUUGCAGAUUAUCAAGCUUUUAGGUGCUGAAUGUUCCUGUAAAACGCAGAGUUAGCUAUCAGGCUCCUCUAAUAUAUAAGCUAUCAAUUAUUCUAGCAAACUGACUCCAGACAGACUUUACAGAUUAUUACGCUGUUUAACCUGUUACACUCUAUUCUGAGUCUCCAUUGGCACUUCACAAACAACAGAGGCUUCUAAGUUACAAUUGCCUUUGGACAUUUACACGGGCAUUCAUUGCACAUUAAAUUAUUUGGCAUUGGGGUAAAUAAGAGACUGUAGUUCAGACACUACAAUCAACAGUUUUUUUGGGGGGGUAAAGGGUGCCCUCAAAGGCACUACAAGAAAUUGGGUUACAGAAAGCUAUUAGACUCUAUAAUCAGAUCUCCUCUUUCCCCCUUUCCCUGCAAAUACCACUUACUUACUGAAACAGCUGACUCACAGCACCAACUAAGAGUCCUACUUUUCAACAGCAUGUGUACAUGGUUCCAGUACAAAACUGAACUUUUUUUCAACAUUGAUACAUAUUAACUAUAGUAUCAAGAGUCUCUCUGAUAUAAGUGCUAAGAGAAAUAUUGGUAAAAUUAGGAACUCUCAACUCACAGUGAAACAACACAAAAAGUGAUAACAGGUGAAUUGUUUGUACAUUCUAAAACUUCUUGUCUCCUAUUUCACUGUUUAGCUAAGGGCUCACUAUUUUUGCGGCAACAGGCCAAAUAGAAUCUGCCACAAUACAGUCUGACCAGUGGAGGACAGCAUUGUCCUGUUCCAUCUACCCGGCACAACUGUCAAGACUUAUAGAGCAUUGAAGUGCUUACUUUUUCUUUUCUUUUUUUCUUUUAUUGAUGAAUUAUUUACACACAGUGACAUUUUUGGUAUGAUGGGUGCUUGAAUAAACUAUUUUAUUUGCAAUUAGUAUCAAACGUUAAGUUUUAACGAUAUCUAUUGUAAGGACUCCUGAAAACUAGGGAUGACAUGACCUUACCCUAACAAACUCCUGACUUAGUUCUUUCAUUUACUGAUUUCACUAUAAGGGGUUAUCCCCCACACAGGAGUUUACACUUCUAUUUGAAAAACGUUUUGGUUAUUUAUAUACAAUGGUAUUGUAUCGCCUUGUAUGAUACCACCGAAUAAAAACACAUUAUUGACAAGGUUAUUUCUUUGCUUAUAUAUGUGAUAAAUUAUGUGCUUUAAAAUGUAUUUUUUUAAUAAUAUUAGGAGGAGAAAAGGGUCGCUAGAGAGAUAACGCAACAUUUGGAGAUGAAUCCAAAAACUGUGAAGGAUGAAAUGCCUGUGGUUACCCCAGCCGUGGUACAACCUGUCUUGACAGAGACUACCAAGGUGCGUUUACAUAUUUAAUACAUUAUACUACAGCCGUGGACCCACCCAAGAUUUUAUGUACAGAUAAAUAAUGAAAUAUGGAUAUUGGUGUUUAUCACACUUUUCAUACAGAAUAGAGAAGUGCUUGCUAAUUACACACCAAACAUUAAUUCACAUAGUUAUAGCUAUGAAUAAGACGUUGGAUUCUUACAUGUUUCAUUAUCACAAUAGCUCUUGAACUCCUUCAAAGCAUUAUUUUACCAUAAUACACUGUUUACUGUUAUAUCAUUUGUAUCUUUACAUUUAUUGAACUAACAUCAUCAUCGUUUCAUCACAUUUAUUAUAUGUAUUCUUAGGUUAAAGUUCCCCCAUCUUCUUGUUCUAAGCCACCUUUGGAUCUCCGAGCUUAUCUGGAAGCCUCGGGUCACAGCGUAGAGACCUGCCCACAGGUGAGGGUCUCUGCCAUGUGCUGCCGAGGGUACCUGGUGAAGAUGGGAGGACGCAUAAAGACCUGGAAGAAACGUUGGUUUGUAUUUGACAGACAAAAGAGGCGUUUGGCAUAUUAUUCAGGUAACUGUCUUUAUCAUUAUUAAGAUUCUUUUAUUAAGCCAUAAUAAAUUCCACAAUGUUGUAUAUAGGCAGGAUAUGUCCACUGGUAUGUUGUGGGAUCCUGUUAUCUAUGUUUAUUAAGUCCAUCUUACUCUUUUAUCUUUGUGUACAGAUAAAGAAGAACAGAAACUAAAAGGGGUGAUAUAUUUCCAAGCUAUUGAAGAAGUUUAUUACGAUCACUUGAGGAGCGCUUUCAAGGUAGACAAUAAUUACCAGAACUUUUUAAAAACGUUUUAAAUUUUUUUAACGAAUAAAGACAUAUAUGUGAUGAUGGAAGUGUGCCAACGCAUUUUAAUCUUCAGGGUUUAGGGAGUUUCUUUGUGACAUUGCAGGUGUAUGUAGAAACGUAGCACAACUUUAACUGUGGGCCAAAAUUGGACAUACCUUAGCUGCAAGGAUUACUGCCUUAUUAUUGUUUUCUUCGACAGAGUGUGUUUUAAGUUAACGAUUCUCUCAACUUGAAAAUAAAACCCCACAAAUAUAAAUAUAGUUGCUCUAAUAUGUUCAUUUAUAUAUUUUAAGUUUUGUAUGCAUCAUACCAUAUCUUUCACAAGCGGUGGAUUGUCAUUUCAAACUUUGUCUACUGGGAAAGGAUAUGAACUUAUGGAAAUGCUUAUUUUUCGAAACAAAACCUCUUAUGUUGUUUACCUAAGAGAGAAUAAUUGGUGAUGCUUUGUUUUUUCCAGAGCCCACAUCCCAAACUGACAUUUUGUUUGAAGACCUUUGAACGUCUGUUCUACAUGGUUGCACCAACGCCAGAAGCCAUGAGAAUCUGGAUGGAUGUUAUGGUCACAGCGGCUGAGGAAAACUCUCGAUAUUAA